AUGUCCGUGUCAACCCUCUUGCACCCAAAGGGACCAUCUGAGCAGGUCACAACAUCUCCAUCCCAGGGUCAUCCCGGCCAGACAUUUGGAUCUCCAUCGAGCGUCUCAUCUCCAUCGUCCUCCUUCGCAUCAACGCCGAUGGCUACGAUGAUGGAAUCACCGGCCACGGCGUACAGCGACAACCUGUACCAGGUGGCCAGCCGGAGCCAUAUGGUCAGCGGGUCGUCCCAAGGCCCGUUUGUCGAAUUCGCUCGAGCGCAUCCCAAAGGCGCCGUCCGUUUCCGCCCGUUCGAGCACGGCCUCAAUGCCACUGCGAGACGGAGUAUCGAGGAGUUCCAAAUUUAUCCAUUCGAAAGCAUCGAGGAGUUUUGUCGACACAUCCCGUAUGCCAGCGGCAAGAAAGACUUCUUUGAAAAGACAGGCCGAGAAAGCUUCGAAGUCUUCCAAUAUGUCUUCAAGGUCCCAGGCGAUGACAAAGAGUACCACGUCAUGUGGGACUACAACGUCGGCCUCGUUCGCAUGACCCCGUUCUUCAAGUGCUGCAAGUACAGCAAGGUACGUGACAACAGCGUCGGUGUGGAGCAUGAGCACCCAAAGAUGAGAUGA